GAACCAUCACCAUCACCAACUACAAACAGUCGUCAAUUCUCCCCCUUUGACCUCCCCUCCCUACUCCUGCCACUCGACCGGCCGACCGACCAUCCACCGCUCAGCUCGAUCAACCCACCAAACUUCCGCCAUGGCGCCCAAGAAGAACGUCCGCGAGCCCACCCCCUCGACUGCUGCGACCACGCAAGCCAGCUCCACGGCUCCCGCUUCUGUUCCUCCUCAGGUCAAGAGCAGCGCGCCCAAGAACGGCGCCGCCAACUGGGACCAGGUCCUGCAGAACAUCUGCAACCACUACGUCAAGGAGACCCCGCAGCGAACCAAGCUCAUUGACGUCUUCCUGCUGUUCCUGGUCGCCGUCGGAGCCCUUCAGUUUCUCUACUGCGUCCUCGCUGGCAACUACCCCUUCAAUGCUUUCUUGUCUGGAUUCUCGGCCACGGUUGGGCAGUUUGUGUUGACGAUUUCAUUGCGCGUUCAGACCAACGAUACGAACAAGAGUGAAUUCCCCGGCGUGUCCCCAGAGAGGGCAUUCGCCGAUUACGUUGUCUGCAGCCUGAUUCUUCACUUCUUCUGCGUCAACUUCAUUAACUAGAGGGCCGGGGAUGGAUACCACUACAUGGACCAGAUCGAGGUUCCUUAUUGGGAGACGUCGAGCCCAUAAGCAGUGUACAAUACGAGACGGCAUUCAUGAAAUCUUUACAAAAGUCCAAUAGGGCACCGCGAGAACAGAUACAAGUCAAAAUA